AUUAGCAUCUUAAGACGUUGCUUGAGACGAUCUUUAAAUAAGAUUUGACUAUGAAUACCAGCCUUAAAGCACUGCAGGGGCCGCGCCGGGAGCAGCUGCACCCGACAAAUCGCUCAGCCAACCGUGAACCUGGCGGCCAUGGCGAUCCUAUUCGUGGCCGGGAUCAGGCAGCGGACCCAGGUGAGGGCCCCUUAAUGGUCCCCAUCCUUACAUCCUCUGCAGGGCAUCCUCCCACAUCGCGAACGGCGGCGACUAUCUCCUCUGGGGUGGCGGAGUCCAGGUCACGUACCCGCAGCUCCGCCAUCUUGACCGGUAGGGACCCUGACAUUGCUCCUACCAGUCAGCGUCUCCCGCAGCCGGUCGGCAAGCUGCGCCGCCUUGUCACAGCUGCCCUCGCCUGGGACCUCCAGGAUCAGGGCGCCCGUCUACGGCCUUCUGGUCCUUAGGCCCAUGGUUUUGGGUCUACUCGGAGCAAACUCAAGCAGACCAACGCACUCUAAUAGGUUGAUUCCGAUGACGCCAACCUAUUAUAGUGUGUUGGUCUGCUUGGGUUUGCUCCGAGCAGCGAUCGCAGAUUGCGGCUCCGGUAGCAUACAGUCGCAUGGGGAGGGAUGCUACCGGAGCAACAAUCUGCGAUCGCUGGCUCCGAAUAGCCCCAGAACAGGGGGUUGAUUCUGUAUUUCUGAAGAAAGUGAAAAUAUAAAAUCAUAUACUAAGCAAUCAUUUAUUCUUUAAUAUGAUUGGUCCUUGCCCUUAGUUUUCAUCCUCUCUCCAUGCGACCGUAUGCUACCGGAGCAACAAUCUGCGAUCGCUGGCUCCGAGUAGCCCCAGAACAGGGGGUUGAUUCUGUAUUUCUGAAGAAAGUGAAAAUAUAAAAUCAUAUACUGAGCAAUCAUUUAUUCUUUAAUAUGAUUGGUCCUUGCCCUUAGUUUUCAUCCUCUCUCCAUGCGACCGUAUGCUACCGGAGCAACAAUCUGCGAUCGCUGGCUCCGAGUAGCCCCAGAACAGGGGGUUGAUUCUGUAUUUCUGAAGAAAGUGAAAAUAUAAAAAGUAAGUAGCACUGUCUCCAUUAAUUGGUGAAUACUUUUAGGAUAAACGAUAUACACCAAUCACUGUUGUUCACUUUUCAUAUUUUCACUUCUUCAAAAAUACAGAAUAUCCCCAGAUAAAACAAACAAUACUUAUAAUAAAAGUUACGGAAUGAGUUAUGAGUCAGCUCGCAUUUUUACCACAAUAAAAGUUACAGAAUCGACCCCCAAAAUCGACCCCCUGGCUAUAUGAUAGGAGCAUGUCGGGGUCACUGAAAUAUAAUAUAACCGGAACAAGUGCAGCGGUAGAAUUCCUUUGUUAAAGGUGAUCCGAGAGAGAGCGUUCUAAGAGUUAUCCUUGUCCCUUUUUAACUACUUGUUCACAAACUUUUUACGAGACUGUACAGUCACAUGAACGCGUUAGUUAAAAAAAGACAAGUAUACCUCUUAGACCACGGACUUGAAGGACGGAAUAAAAACGUUGAAAAGUGAAGCCUUGGAAAAGGGGGUCGGCCAUCUUGUCAGGCGACAUUGGUGCUGCCAUCUAAUCAAUAAUAAUGGUACUACUUAUUUGAAAAAUCGUUCAACAUCUUUCAAAGCUGGAAACACAUCAAAGACUGUUUUGCUUCUUUUUAUCAAAAUGCCUCUAUGUACAGGUAAAGGGUGCAAUAAUAGAACAUACCGUAAAUCGCAACAACAAGAAGAAAUAGAAAAAGAACAAAAAAUAACAUUUCACUCAAAUAACACAGCUUAUUGCACAGUAUUGAAAAUAUCAGAAGCCUCCUUAAAACAAAAACCCGUAAUAUGUUCCAUGCAUUUUUAUCCCGAAGACUUUGAUACAUCAUCACUAGUGUAUGUUAAAUUAAAACCAGAUGCAAUUCCUGACGUAAGACACACGUUUGUAUAGUAUUGAUUUCUUAAUUUAUUUUUCAUGUUUUUGAAAAUUACAAAAAAUAAUAUUAGCCAGAUAUGAUGGCAGUUCUUGACAUACUAGAGUUUACUUAGUAAUUAUAGAAGAGCUUACUUGGUAAUUAUAGAAAUAGCAUUUUGUAUAUUAUAUAUGUAUAUACAUUGUAUCAAUUUUUUAGAUAUCUUCAGUAAUUGAACAAGACUCUUUAACUAUUAGUGCAAAGAGAAAAUGUGAAGGAAUACUUGUUCCUUCAUUAAAAAGAUUUUUAUCUGAAAAACUAUGUACUGAACCACUUGUAAAAGAGACAUCUGUUUCUUCAUACUGUAAAACAGUUAUUAAAGAAAGUACAAAAGAAAAUGAUAUAGGUAUGAAUUUAACAAAAUGAUAUAGGGGUAUUUUUAACAAAAUAUCAAUAUUUUUUAAUUUUUUUUAAUACGACGUUUUAUUCAAAGCAAUCAUAAAUAUAUAUUGUAAAUAUUUUUAGCUGUUGCUAAACAAUUAUUUUUGAAAGAAUCAAAGUCUACUUCAGUAUCUCCAAAUAAAAUCUAUAACUCACCAGAAAAAGUUAAAUUAAGAGAAGAAUUGAAAAGAAUAAAGGAACAGCACGCAAAACGCUUUAGAGUUUUAACGCAGAAAAUAAGACGCAUGAAAAAAAGAAUGACUAAUAUGAAAACUAUAUUUAAAACGUUAGGUGAAAAAGGAUUAUUACAAGAAGAGCAAUUGUUUACUUUAAAAGGUAUUACAGCUGGAAGCUCAAAUUUAUUAAAGCGUUUAGUUUAUAAGUCUAAAGGAAAACCGGUGGCUCGAAAAUAUUCACCUGAAAUACGAACAUUUGCUGUUACAUUACAUUAUUAUUCUCCACGAGCAUAUUCGUAUGUAAGAGAAAAUUUUAAUUCAUGUCUGCUACAUCCAAAGACUUUAUGUAAAUGGUACCAGUCAGUUGAUGGUGAACCAGGUUUUAAUAAAGAGACUUUAGAAUUCAUCAAAUAUCGCGUAAAGAAUACUAGUCACUUAUUGUUUGGUGCUCUGAUGAUCGACGAAAUAGCGAUAAGACAAAAAAUAGAAUUUGAUGGACAAAAAUUUUGUGGACACUGUGAUAUUAACAAUAAUGUAGCUAGUGAAAAAUAUAAUAUUGCAAAAGAAAUACUUGUAUUUUUAGUUGUAGGCAUUAACGAUGUCUGGAAAAUAGCAGUCGGAUAUUUUUUUAUUAACGGUAUUAAUGGAGAACAAAAAUCAAAUUUAAUCCUUCAAUGCUUAUCGAUGUUAUCCAGUACCCCUGGGGUACUAUUCCGUAACCACUUACCGACAACUAUCGAUGUCGUUAAGUAUCUUUGCGCACGUAUUUUGAUAUAUGAAAAAAAUAUGCGCAACGACACUUAACGACAUCGAUAGUUGUCGGUAAGUGAUUACGGAAUAGCGGUCCAGUAGGCCUAUUCUGUAACUCGUUAAGAGCUGUCGGUAUCGUUAUACUGUCGUUGCGCAGCUUUUUUACCAUAUAAAAUAUCUGCGCAACGAUACCUCUAGCUAGUAAUAUUGUCGUUAAGAAGUUAGAGAAUAGGCCUACAGUAUGCCUAUUCUCUAACUUCUUAACGACAAUAUCAUUAUUUAUCAUUAUUUAUCAUUACGUAGCGAUAGUCGUCGCUUGCGCUGACAAUACUAUAACGAUAAAGUGAUUCUGUAACAUGAACUAACGAAACGAUAUCGAUACAAAAUAUGAUUUUGACGUCGUUAUCGAAACGAGUAUACUCAGUUCCAUAUAACUCUAUCGCUGUAGUAACCAUCCAAUAAGAUCUUCUUAUCUUAAAAUAUUUUUCCGAUAAGUUUAGGAACGCUGAAAUAAAUUGUGAUAUUAUGCGAAGUAAAAUAGAAAUAAUAAUUAAUAAAAGAACAAAGCCUACAAAACAUAAACAAUGUCAGAGUAAGUAUAUGUAAGCAAUUUAAAUAAUAUAUUAAAGAGAAAUUAGUAAAUUUUAUACUUGUGAAAUUGAUUUUAAUUAUAAUUAUACACUCACAUUUCACCGGUAUAGUUUUACACUGUAGUAAAAUAUAACUCAAUAUUACUUUAUUUACAAGAAGUAUAUAUUUGCAAGGAAAGUAAAAUAUAAUUAAAUUUCCAUUUUAAUUAUUAUAUAUACUGAUGGGGUACUAAUUAAUUAAUAUGCACAUUUUGUAAAACUUAUAAAUAUUAUAACUUGCACAAGAAAUUAGUUAUAUAUGAAAGUUGCUUAAUUUUUUAAAUAUUUAUUUAUUUUGAUUAUUAAAAGUAUUAUUGAUAGUGCUUUUAAUGUUGUAUAAAAAUGAGUACACAUGAAAUGAAAAAACAUUUUUAAGAUUGGUGAUAUCAGAAUAUUUAAAUGACAGCAUGAGUAUUUACUCAACUUAUUUUUUCUAAAUAUUAAUAGCCUAAAAUAUUAACACUUUCAGGAAAGUUGGAAAAAGUCGUCAGGGCAGAGCUACAGGGCUCAACGCCAAAUUGAAGCUCUAGUCACUUACUUUGAGGAACAUCCUCAUGUAGCAUCUGGCAAAUUUAUGACGAUGAAUAGUCAUAUACAACUGUAAGGAAAUUGGGAAGAAUUGGUCACCUUUUUAAAUUUAUUAGGAUCAAAGAAUAAAGAAAAAGAUGUAAAAUCAUGGAAGACUGUAAGUAAAUAUAAUACAGAAUGUUUAUCAAUAAAUUAUGUC